UGGGGAAAUUAAUGAGAUCUGACAAAAAGGUGUUUCAAAAAUCCAGAUAGAAAACCAGUAGCACUCUCCCUGGCUCCAGUUCCAGUUCUUUGAUUUCAAUUUUCCAUCUUUAGCAAUUUAGCAGUUUAGUUCUAGAAGAACCGAACCAGUCAAGAAUCAGAGAAAGCCUCCUACUUUCAGUCUCUCUCUUUCUCUCUCCCUCUGGUUCACUCUCCCAGUUUCUUUGUUGAUAAUGUUGAUUGGCUAAUUUCUUCUCAGAGGGGAAUCAAUGGCGGGAGAACCUCAAGAUGGCAUGAAGACGGUGGAGUGCUUGAGAGGGAGGUUGCUUGCAGAGAGAGCGGCUUCCAAGGCUGCCCAAGCUGAAGCAGACCAGAUGGCUAAAAGGUUAGCAGAGCUAGAGAAGCAGCUGGAGAAAGAGAUGAGGGAAAGAGCUGAAAAAAGGCUGAAGUUUGCAUUGAAGAAGUUGGAGUCCCUCAAGGUUUUGGAUUUCACUUGCCAAAUGGAUCUUUCUGAUAGUUCUGCGAGUUCAUCUUCCCCAAGCAGAUGCUUUCUGAACAAAGAGAAAUUUGAGAAAUGGAGGAACUUAGGGCAAUGCGGUUCACCUGGGAGGGAUCUUCUAAGGGACUACGGAUCUCUGAACUCUUUUAAUGAUUCAGCGCAUCGGCUAGUUUCUCAGGAUGGGAGUUGCAGCUCUGUUGGGACAGCGAGUUCUUGUAACAAGGAAGCGUCUGAAGGAGAUGGAGGAAGCAACUGGAGCGGCUCCCAAGAAUGUGCUGAUGGUCCUGCGCGGAAAUCUUCAGAAAACACUGAAAUACUGAACUGCAAUGAAAAUCAGACCGAGAAGCCUAUUGAAGAGAGGCUGGCUCUUGUUCCAGUGAACAUCCCUCAGGAACCAGCAGCCUGUAGUGAUUCAGAAGUCAAAAAUAACGUUUAUGAUGUGCUUUUUGCUCUCAGGCAAGUCAGAGAGCAAUUGCAGAACUCCAUAGGAAGAACAGGCGCUCUCUAUUCCACCAUAGAACUGCAUGGCCAACGAAGAACUUGCUGAGUUUCUAUGGAUGCAGCACCUUCCAAGUAAUUGAAAGCAGAUUUAAGUUUGUUCAUAUUAUUAUGGUUUUGCUGUUGAGAGUUUCUUUCUUGGAUCCAUGAAAUGAGGCAUUUGUAUUUAUCCCCAAGCUGAGGUUUGUGUUAUGUGUAUUUUUCCCUAAAAACUUAGUUGGUUUUGGUUUUGUAAGGACUUGUCAACCAUUCAACCCAUAUGACAAGGAUUUGUGUAGUUACUAUUAGGAGGUUG